AUGAACAAUUUAAAAUUCUAUAAAUGCUGGCCGAUAAUAGGUUUAGAAGAUAGUAGAGAGUUUCGAUCUUUGGCUUAUAAAUGGUUGGAACAAUUAAGGAGAGAGAGAUGUUUUGUUGGUGGUGAUAAUAUUGUGUUAAGGAAAUCUAUGUUUGAUGAAUGUGAUGAUGAUAGAUUUUAUAAAUUGAUGAUGGUGUUUUCAAAUUAUGUUUUAAAAGAAAAGUUGAAAAAAGAAUUUCCUGAAUUUCAAGCUCAUUUGAUUGAUUUCGAGUCAGUUAAAGAACAAUCUCUAGAAUUCCAGAAAAAUACAUUAAUGUCGCAUAUUAAGAUACAAACUGAUAAAUUUUUAAGCAAUACACAAAAAAGAGUGGCAAUUCAUGAUCAAUGGAAAUCAUUAGCUGAUAAUAUUACACAGCAAUUUAAGGAUAUAGUAAAUCAAAAUAAUGAACUAGAGAAAAAAUAUAGUGAAUUAUAUAAAGGAUCAAGUUCAUUUGAAGUAUUUGGUAUAGUUUCAGUUGAAGAUCUUGAAUCCAUAAAAAAAGAAUAUUUGCAAGAAGUUCGUUCAUUAUGGAAUAUAUGUUUGGAUUAUAUCAAGAAGUCUGAUAGUUAUCAUGGUAAUUUAAAUUUUUUUUGUGGUGAGGAAAAUUAUAGAUAG